UUUCUAUUGUGAAUCAUUGACUCAUGUAAAUUAAUUGUUUCUUUUUACUCAAACUUUCAAAGUGUAGACUUGUUUUAUUUUUGUCGAGCUCACGUUUCGUGUCAAAAAAAGGACUUAAAAAAUGCGUUACGUAGCCGCAUAUAUGCUAGCCGUUUUAGGCGGAAAAGAAAAUCCUGCUGCAGCUGACAUUGAAAAAAUCCUUAGUUCUGUUGGUAUUGAAGCUGACAAAGAAUGCCUAACAAAAGUAAUUAAAGAAUUGAAUGGGAAGAAAAUUGAUGAACUCAUUGCACAAGGACGUGAGAAAUUAUCUUCAAUGCCGGUUGGCGGUGGUGCUGCAGCUGCAGCAUCAGCAGCCCCAGCAGGUGAUUCAGGAGCUGGAGAUGCUAAAAAAGAGGAGAAAAAAGAAGAGAAAAAGAAAGAAGAAUCGGAAUCUGAAGAUGACGAUAUGGGCUUCGGUCUCUUUGAUUAAAUGUAAACAGGUCCAACUACAAAUUUUACAAAAACGUUAUUUCUAUGAAAUAAAGUAUUGUUUAACUUAAAACAA